AAAUAAAUAAAACUAAAUUCAAAUAAACGGUAGAAAUAAAAGAAAAAACAAAUACCAAAACAAAUUGCAAUCAGUAUUGCAUGUGACAAAGCAUGGAUUCUAACGCCACCGAUGCACAAUCGAUCACAAGUGAACAUAGUGUUGCCUCCUCAAGCUCGUCGUCCGCGCUGCAUGGCGCCGUGUUAGCGGCUGUUAAGCGCGAACGUUCACCAACACCGGUUUCCAACAGCAAAGCCAUGAACACCAUUUCGGUCGCUACCAAUCUAACGAACAAUAAUCAUAAUAUUAAUAAUAACAAUAACAACAACAAUAAUAAUAACAACAAUAAUCACAGUCCACGUCACAACAAACUGAGUCCCAGUUAUCAUCUCGGUAAUAAUAACAAUAACAAUAGCAUAUUGUUGGCGCACAGCAUGAAUCCGACAGCGCUGUUGAUGCAUCAUCAGCACCAACAGCAACAACAGCAUCAACAACAUCAGCAGCAACAACAGCAACAUCAGCAGCAUCAACAAAAUGGUGCACGUGAUGGCAAUAGCAGUCGGGGCGGCGGCGGCGGUGGCGGCGGUAUUGGACCCGGCGGCAGUGGCAACGGCUCACUAAGCGGUAGCAUAGGUGAUGAUCGUCCAUCGAAUGGACGUCUCUCGCAUACCGGUCGCGGUUCUAGUUGCUCACCAGCUAGUUCACCAACACGCCAUCCCAACGCCGUUAGUCCAGUGACAUCGCUCAAUCAUACGAUGAUGCAACAAAUGCAACAACAUCAUCAACUUAGUCCACCGCCACAUGUGACGGGUGUGCCUACACCGAAUGGUCUGCCCGCUGGUUUACCGCCACGUAUGCCACACGGUUUGCCGCCACAUUCACUGGGCUUGCUCAAUUCACUGCAAAUGAUGCAUCAUGCCUCGCCGCUGGAAUUGAUGGCAGCUGCACAUCAUCAUGUGCCGCCGCGCUCCUACAAUAGUCCGCCACCCAUAUCCACAUCGGAUCCCAGCGCUAACGAAUGCAAGCUGGUAGAGUAUCGUGGUCAAAAGGUGGCCGCCUUCAUUAUAAGCGGUGAUACAAUGCUCUGUUUGCCGCAAGCGUUUGAAUUAUUUCUCAAACAUUUGGUCGGCGGUCUGCAUACUGUGUAUACGAAACUGAAGCGUUUAGAUAUUGUACCGCUGGUGUGUAAUGUGGAGCAGGUGCGCAUAUUACGCGGUCUGGGCGCCAUACAGCCGGGUGUCAAUCGGUGUAAGCUGCUCGCCUGCAAGGACUUCGAUGUACUCUACAGGGACUGCACAACUGCCAGAUGCUUAUCGAUCAAGCCACCUGAGAGUAACUCUCUGCAAUUCCGCAGUUCCAGACCGGGUCGACCGCCAAAACGUGGCCCCGUCGGUUUGUCGCUGCCGCCCACACACUUGUCACAGCAUCCGCAAUUGAAGAAGCAUCGUUUGGACAAUGGGGAUUACGCUUAUGAGAAUGGGCAUAUAAGUGAUCUUAAUCGUUUGGAAAAGUCACCACUUCUUGCCAAUGGUUAUAAUCCUCCACCCAUCAAUCAUAUGGCGUUCAUGCAGAUGAAUCAUCAUCCCGGUACUGCGUUAAUGUCGCCCGGCAUGCCUCCACAUGGACUACAUGCACGGCCCGAUAGUCAAAUGCUGAAAGCUGCCACUCAGGGCAGUAUGUCUGCGGCAAAUAUGGAUGCGUUGGCACGUUCUGGCAUUUGGGAGAAUUGUCGAGCGGCCUAUGAGGAUAUUGUUAAACAUUUGGAACGCCUUCGUGAAGAACGUACCGACGAACGUCAGCAGAUGAACGCCGGCGGUGGCGUUGUCAAUGAGCCGAAGAUACGCGAUUUGAGCUCACGAAAUUCCGGUUCACCGAAUCGCCAAAGUCCGGUACUGAAUCUCUCCAAAUCCGGCGGCAAUACGGAUCAAGGUAGUAAUUGUGACGACCGCAGUGAACGCAGCGAAAUGCAUUCGCCGGUGCAUUCGGUGCGCGAGGGCAGCGUCGGUGGCGGCAGUCAAGGUGUGAUUGGCGUGGAGGACGAUGAUGACGAGAAUCUGAGUGAUGAUAAUGCGUCAGAAGUCGAUGAACGCUGCGCCAAAGACGAUGAAGACUUGAGUGAUACCGAACGUGAUAAUAUAUCGUCGUCUGCAGCGUCACAACGUCAUCCACUGCAUCACCAUCACCACCACCACCAUCAUCAACUGCAUCAUGGUGCCAACAGCAAUGCUAUGAACGCCGGUGGCGUUGGCGGCGUGGGUGAACGUGGUGUAACGGGCGGACCUGGUGCCGGUGUCGGUGUUGGUGUUGGUGUUGGCGGCCUUGGUGUGGCUGCUGCAGCCGCUGCCGCCACAGCAGCUGGUCUGAACGAACGCGACGUACUCAACUCACAUGCGGCAGCGGCGGCGGCAGCAGCAUUACAACAAUCGCCUGUCUCGACACAUAAUGCCGCCGCUGUAGCUGCGCUGCAGCAUCAUCAUCAACGUGCGCUCAACUAUUCACAUCUAGCUGCAGCAGCUGCGGUGGCUGGUGGGCCAGGUGGUGCGAAUGCUGCGCUCACAAACGGGCCCGGCUCGGGUGGCGCCUUGGCCGGCACGGAAGCUUUACUGGCGGCCAACGACGCUACUGCCGCAGCAGCAUUGGCUGGUGGUUUAGCAUUGGGUCCACUCGCUAUGGAUCCACACGGGGUACCCUCAUCGACGGAGACGCUGCUGAGAAAUAUACAAAGUUUAUUGAAAGUGGCUGCCGACAAUGCACGUCAACAGGAGCGCCAAAUCAGCUAUGAAAAAGCGGAGCUCAAAAUGGAUGUUUUACGCGAACGCGAAGUUAAAGAUUCAUUAGAUCGCCAAUUGGCUGAUGAACGGAAAUUAAGAGUUUUGUAUCAGAAACGCUACCGUCGCGAGCGUAAAAUGCGCAUACGCUACCAACAGCAGCUGGACGGUGGCAAACGAAAAUUGACACACCCAUCAAAUGCGGGUGGCAGUAGUGGCGGCAACAGUGGUAGUAGUGGUGGCGGCGGUGGUGCCGCAGGCUCUAAUGGUCGUGAUGUUGAAGAGGGACACAAUAGUGUGGGUGGUGGUGAAUGUAAAAAUAAUGGUGGUGAAGCAGCGACACGUAAAAACGAAGCAGAUAACGAUUGCAAAUCGAGCGAAAAAUCCGAGAAGUCCAUGAAUUCGAAUGAUGGCUGUACGCUAACGCAACAGCAACAGCAUCAGCAACAACAACAACCAAACCAAAAUGCCCAACAAACACAGCAGCAGCAACAUCAACAAGCCAAUCAAUCAUUAUUAUCACAUCAUCACCUUCAUCAGCAGCAACAACAACAAUCACAUCAUCAACUGCGACAACGCUCGGAAAGUCCUAAUUUUAAACGUGAACCCCAAUCGGAUCGUGAUAGUCCACUCGGUCGUCAUAGUGUCGAUCGUUUGGAGCAUUGCGAACGUGAUGAGCACCCCGAACGCGCAGCACGCGGCGAACACUGCGGCGGUGCCGGCGGCGAGCGGUCGGAACGUGAUUGUGUCGGCGAGGCAGCUGCUAUUGAGCGUUCGUUGAGUAUGCCACCCACGAGCCAAUCGGCGGAGGGCAGUUUGGCGGCGGCAGCAGCAGCAGCUGCAGCAGCGGCUGCGGCUAGUGGUGGUAAGGCACCAUGGAAUUAUCCAGGCAUCGAAUUGAUGGCCUCCGGCGCCUUCUGGCAGAACUAUUCGGAGUCUUUGGCGCAAGAAAUCGAAUUGGAGCGCAAAACACGAGCCGCCAAUGCCGAACGUGAUGUAAAAAGUCCACUUACCGAUCGUCCGCCGGCGUACUACAAGAACUCGGUGCUCUUCGGUGGUGCUAAUUAAGAUGUAAAAAGUGAAAAGUUCAUUUUAGAUCUUCAAAAAAGGACAACAACAAGAGUAUGGGGUGAGAAAAAUUGAUUUGCCGACGACUACUAAAACAAGCGAAAACGAAUAAAAAAAAUGUUGCAAAAGAGUAAGAAAAAUUAAUGAUUUCUUAGAAAUGAUCUCAAAGUGCAAUCACAUACAAAUAAACAAAAAUUCUAAAAUAAUAAAAAUUGAAGAAUAAUGUGAAAUCCAGUGAGUUGUGGAAAAUCUACUGAGACAAAAAUUGUAGCAUGAAGAGUAAACCAAACGCGUAGUCACAUAUAGUAUACGUGAGGGAUAAAAAUAUGAUAGUACGAAUGUAUUUGUGAAUUAAAAAAAAAAGAAAGAAAAAAUAAUGGAAUUUUCAAACAGCAUUUACGAGUAGUAAAGAAGUACUUACUAAACUAGUUACCAGUGAAACACCUGCGCGCAUACACAUACAUAUGCAUAUGUAGGUGAGUAGUUGUAUAUAGUCAAAAGCCUAGAGAUGGCAGCGUCUUUUUCUCCUCUUUUAAAUGUAUAUAAAUAUUUGUAAUUAUAAUUUUGCGAAAAUUAAAAAAGAAAAAUAAAGCUUAGCAAAUUUUUUAAUUCUUCGGUUCAGUUAGAAAGUAAGCUAUAAUUAAAUAAAUCGAAAUAAAUAACAAAAAGAAAUGCUUAAGCUAAAAGGAAAGUAGCAGCCACAGUUGUGAAAGUACUAGGCAUAUGAGUAUGUUUGUAGUGCGUAAAAAAUAAUUAAUUGUACAUGCGCUUUUGA